AUGUAAUUAACAAAGGCAGAGUUAUGGAAUGUUUGGAAGACUCUCUUGUCAUAUCUAGACUGUCAUCUUGUUGUGAAAUGCUCACAAAGACUGAAGAUUUGUUACCCAAGCAAUCUGAAAUCGGUCAUGGUUUUUAUGGCAUACUUGGAAGCAAUAAACCCUUUUUAGCAGUUUAUCGGUUAUUACUCUACACAAAUCUCUUGAUACACCUUGCAGACAAUCUGGGAAUAGCAAGUGAAGAUUUUUCUGAACAAUUACAGAUGACUAUAUACAUAUUUAAUAAGAUUUCAAGUCUUAAUCCAUUGCUACCAAAUCUAUACAUGGAGAGAUCAUGAAACAAUGUCAUGUGCUAUAGGAUGAAUCAUAACAAUACUUUGCAGUCACACAUUGUAUGUUUGUCUGUCUCUACAUUUUGGAUGGUAUUAGUAACAUCUCUAUGUACACCAACCCAAUAAUUAGUAUGUAUAUGAUGAAGUAACUGAAUGAGUAUCUUUGUUGGAACCACAGAAAAUUGAAAUAAAUUCGUGAUAAUAUAACACCCUAGCAUGCAGUUAUCCAUUAAAUAAGG